AACAAACGAGUCUCGACGCGCGCGGUUCACGCAACGCUAGCUCAAACUUGGCCCAAACUGAGCCUGACAGCUUGACAACAGCCAAUUUGCUGGCCAUUUGGCUUUUCAAUGUUGGUUAAAACAAUUUUUUAAAAUUAUGUAAAAAAAAAAUUAAACAAAUUGUUUAGUGGUUAGCUAUAAAAGUAUCUGUAUCUUUGAUCAAUUGUAUCUGUGCUGCAGUAUAUAAAUAUAUAUUCUAUGGGCUUUAUGCUCAGAUCAAGUGUACGCUGUAAGUGCAGUGCGGAGUGAAGUGCGGAGUGCGGUGCGCUCUAAAUCGUUUAUAGAACGUGCAAAGCGUUAACAGUUAAACAAAUUCAUUUGGCAUAGGCCGCAAACAACAUGACUUUUCAGCUGUUCGGCAUGCUAAUGGAGUUUUAGAAAAGAGAAAACUGUCGCUAUUCAUAUACCAUAUUAAGAGAACUUUUGGCAGGCAGCGCAAAAGGAAGCAGCAGAAGACAGGAAUCAAAAUCAAGCCAAUUGAAACUCUCGACACUCGUCAGCCCGUGCACAUCAAUCAAGCUGUAGACGUGGGUGCGUAUGCUGGCCGUCUAGCGGAUCGCCCCCACAGUCCCUUGCCCUAGUCCCAGCCAAAUGUAUGCCGGUCGCGCCACGCAAUUCGCCAAAACCAUCAGCAGCAUGGCCUGCAGCAUACAGAAACAGCCCUCACAGCCAGCACCGCCGACUGCCAUGGCCAUGACGGCAACUGGCGUGGGCAUGGCUGGGGUCUCUGGAGGCGGCGGUGCCAGCGGUGCCGGCACUGUGCCCUCUACGCCCAAGUCCAACAAGGCAGCCGCACAGCCACGCGGCUCGCUGCCAACGGACGUGCAUCAGCCGCCGCUGGAAUUCCAAUGGCCGCCGCCGCUGCCCGUAUCCAGUCAUACCAGCAAUUUGCGCCUGAACAUGAUGAACCAGGAUCCCAAGGAUCUGCACACGGCACGCGCCAUUAUUGAGGAGCUGCGCUCCAAGGUGCGCUUCCAGACGGAGCACAUUAUGAAGUGGCGCAAGGCCUACGCCAUGCAGGUGCAGCAACAUUAUCGCUAUCAGAAGGAGAAAUCGGAUCAGAUGAAUUCGCUGACAUCGCAGCUGCUGCUGCUGGAGUCGCGGCUAAAGCGCAAACAGAAGCAGAUCGCGAGCCUGUUGAGCCAUCGCGAGCUGACCAUACAGCGACAGCAGAAGAUUAUUGAUACAUUGUCGACCCGUCUGGUGGAUCAUGGACUUGAGAGCAUUGAGGCGAGCUACGCCAAUGAGCUAGACUCUCUGAACGACUCCGACUCGGCGGUGGUGCUGGAGGACAUUGACUCGGACAGCAACAUGACGCUGGGCACGCGCCGCAGAAGCAGUGGUGGCGGGUUGGGCGGUGUUCUGGGCAGCGAUGGGAUUACCAUUGUGCGGUCCAUAUCCGAUGCCAUUGAGACAAAUCUGAAUAAGUAUGGCGCCGCCAGGCGCAACAACUGCUAUCUGCGUCGUCCGGACAUACUGGAGACUGUGUACUCCGUGGAAGAGGAUCCGGAGCCCACCACAGAUGUGGCCGAAAAGCGCGACAAGUUCAAGAAUCGAUCGGACAAGGCGCUCAGCUCUAGCUCCACCGAGGGACAAAUCGAUGCAACGGCGCCCGCCUCAUCGGGCACGCCCACUGCCCCGGAGAAAGCCAAAGACACGUGUAUGGCAGCGGCCAUGGCCGUGCCGCGACGCCAAUUGGGCGCACUGAAACGCUCGCCCAGCCACGACGCGCCAUGCACCACGCUGAGCGUCAAAGUGCCCCAGCUGCAGCCGCCCCCAUCCGCAGAUCAGCUCAACGGCAAAUCGCAGGUGACCACCUAUAAUCGGGUCAUGUCUAAUCAUCGGUCCGUGACCAAGCCGAAGGAUGUCAAGUAUAAGCGCAUUAACAAGGCCAAGUCCAAGAGUCUCGAGGAGCUGCGAGGCCGGCUCAAGAAUCUGGUAGAGCGACCUGGUCUCGAUGCCGGAUACACAGCCGGCAUGAUGCCGCAGACGGCCCAAUCGUAUGCGUGACACACGCCGCCGCCAGGCGACGUCGAGCAGCUCGUCGAGAUGCUGCCCACGCCGCCAGAGGAAACAGCAGCUGCUGCCGCCAAGGCAAGUUUGUCAGCGGGAAACACGCCCGACCAGACGACCCCGCAGCGGCACAGCUGUCCCAAGCGUUCGCUGACGCUGCCUCGCAUCCUGGUGCCGCAAUCGAUGCAAGGUGCAUCGCAUUCCGGCAGUGGAAGCAGCGGCGGGGGCGGCACUGGGCGUGGCGGUUUCUAGCAAUUAAAGAAAUUUUUCAUACGCAAUUGUGAUAAAAAGUAAAAUUGUUCUCUUGCAUCUCUCUCGCGCACUCCCUCUCUCGCUCUUACUUACCAUACACUGGUGCACUCAGAGAAAAACGUUAGAAUCUUUGUCAUAAUAUCAAUUUCUUAAACUAUGCAUUAUAAUACAUAAUUUAAGAAUUUCGUUUUUAAUCGGAUAUACAGUACAUUAUCUAGAUCAUUGUAAACUUCCAUCCAGAAAGUUUUUAAACAAACAAGAAUUACUUGAACUAUUAAGCACAAAACGACAAUGUUUUUCUCUGAGUGUAGUCUCUUUUGUAACAUUUGUUUCCUGCGCUGUUUCUCUGAGCUCAGACACACGGCAUUUAAUUUAAUUUAGUUCUAUGUUAAUGUUUAUGUUAAAGUGGCUCUUAUAUAAUAUAUAAUUUCACAUGAAUAAAUACAUUACAAAGCAUACACAA